AUGUACGUUACUAUCGAAGCUGCAUCAACGCUUAGUACACUUUCUCUGUUCCCAAAGGCAAAGACUGCACUGCUCUCUCCUAAAGCUUACAACGCCCCGUUCUCCGCAGCAUCGGAAAAUAAGUGGACUUACGACCACUCUACAGGAGGCCAUGGUGGAUUCUUUUCCAGAAAUGCGGUUCGAAGUCGACCGAACCAGAUUUCAUCUUCAGCUCCACUGGCGCAACCUGCGGGCAAUCGAACGGGAACAGGCUUAACACUUAUCAGCUUCCAGGAACUGGUUAAAAUAGCCGCUUCCUCUCAAGCUAGUGAAUAUCCAAACGAUACCGCAACAGACCACCCAUCAGACAGCGGAGACACGUCUGAGAAGCUUCUAAAGCCUAGCCCACCUCCUCAAUAUGCGGCUAAAGCAAAUCUACGUAGCUCUUCUCCAGGAUCUUCAACUACUCAUCUGCUUCCUGAAACACGUGGGAGUUUAUCUAAGAAUACAUUCCCUCAAUCCGGUACUAGGGAAGAGCCAAUUCUUAUUGAUGAUUUGAUGGAUAAAGAUGAUAGAGAGCCCAGUCAGCAAGUCCUUGAUCUGGUGGAUGAUGACGGUGAAGACACAGAACUUGAUGAAGAUUUUAACUUAAUGCAGUAUCCGUUCUGCAAAAACAUGCGACAGACAACUCCGGAAGAAGGAACGCCAACGGCAGGCGAUCAAAGGCCCAAAGAUGCCCACAGGCGCUCGCUUCGUGGUGUCCGCACCUCUGCACAAUGCGCAGGCUUUCUUGACGGGAAGAAACCUGUUGACAACAUGUUGGAAGAGAUAUCGGAUAUAUGGAACAACGUGCAAGCUCAAUGGAUGGAGUUAUACAGCAAGCCUUCGAUGAAGAUAGGAAACAGCAUGGGCCGAUUCAAUACGAAGAUAUGCAAGGCCGAUGAAAAGUUCAGAUUAGAGGGGAUCUGCCCUGAGCAUGUGCGGGUAUUGGCAAGAGACUGGGAUCUCGUUCAUCAAUUGGUGUAUUCGCGAAUCGAGCGCCGAUCUGAGAGAAGACUUAUGAAUCGCUUCAAGAGAGAGAUGCGCAGGUUGAAGAGAGCCUCGAAAGUGCUAAAGAACUGUGACCCUACGACUAGGGCCGACGUGGAAGACGAUAAUGAGAAUGAUAUGGACUGGACUCCAAAUGGGAAAUGA